AUGGCUCUUAUUGAUGUGGUGAUUGGUGAAGUGUCGGAGGAAGCAGCAGAAGAGAAUAAGGACGAUGGCACCAAUCUUGAAGAAUUCUAUAGGCAUGGCAUCCUAUCAGGCGAAGGUUCUGGCGAAAGCCGUUUCCGUAGCAUCGCCGCUCAAUGGUUCUACUACAAGCAAUGCUUCCCCAAUCGAGCACUUCAAAACCCUGCCAGUCUUCGUGCUCUUGUAAAGGAGGCUGUGAAGGCUAUCUCAAGUCGGCGUUUAGUGGAUGCUGGAAUGGGAGAUGGAUUUCCAAAAGAAGCAGCUUUUCUCCAUCUAUUUAAUGAAUCCAUGGCCAAACUAUUGAGGGCCAGAAAUCCCAUUAUCCCUGAACUGAAUACCUUUGUGACAGAUGGUGCGGGCAAGGUUGUGACUGGAGAGCUGGACUUCUACAUCAAUGGAUCUUUGAAAUGGGCUCUUGAACUACUCCGUAAUGGGGACAAGAUCAGCGAGCACCUCGAGCACUUUGACCCAAAUGUUGGCAAGUACAGAAAGGUUGAAAUGAAUGAGUUCCUUGUGGUUGAUUGUCGCCCCUAUAACAGGAAGGGUGCUAAGAAGAUCAUCAAGGGCGAGAAUCGGUGCACUCUACUAUUCUCGGAGAAUUUCAGGAAGUGUGUAUGCCAGAUGGGGUACGAUACAGAUGAGACUCUGAGGUUGGCAAACUGA